AUUCGUGAUGUAAUACCUAAUAAUAACUGACUGUAUAAAUAUGUACCUACAUAAAAAAAAUACUUUAACUAAUCCGGAUAUGGGAUUAUGGAUCAUCGAUUGUAUGGAUGUUCGAGCGCGGUAUCGACUUUCAAUGACUUACUGCUUUAGGGCUGAUAAAAUAAUAAUGCGUGACUAACUACGUAAAUAAAUUUAAAAAAUAUUCUAUAAUAUGGGUACCUAAUACCUAUGGAUCAUCAAUGGUAUGGAUGUUCGACAGCGAUACAGACCUUGUAAGACUUACCGUUUGAGCUGUACCGGGUUUUCGCUUCGCCUGAAAAAAAAGUGAUUUUUGGAUAGAGUCAAAUUUUGAACCAAGCCCCUCAAAUAUGAAUCAAAUGAGGAAAAAAGUAGCUGUCGUUACCGGUGGAAAUAAGGGUAUUGGAUACGCAAUUGUCAAAGGCCUAUGCAAGGAUUUCCCCGGUGAUGUGUACUUGACAGCUCGAAAUGAAGAACUAGGUUUAGCUUCGAUUAAAACAUUAAAAGACCUCGGUUUCAAUCCAAAAUUCCACCAACUUGAUGUGGCAGACGAACGAAGUGUCAUCACAUUGAGAGAUCAUCUUUUAGAACAAUAUGGUGGUUUGGAUGUAUUGAUAAAUAAUGCUGGCGUUGGACUAGAGAAUGAUCUCGAAGAUCCAUCAAAAGCAAUUGAAACCAUCCAAGUGAAUUAUUUCGGAGUGAAAAAAACGUGCGACGUUUUAUUUCCCAUACUUAGAUGCCAUGCAAGAGUUGUGAAUCUUUCCAGUAAAUACGGUUUUUUAUUCAAAAUACCAUCGAAAUCAUUACGCGAAAAACUAGCAUCAAAAUCAUUGACCGCAGAUGAAUUAGACGAAUUGAUGAGACAAUUUCUCAAAUCUGUGGUUCAAAAUGAUGCAAAAUUAACGUCAAAAUGGGGAAAUUUGGCUUACGCAGUAUCGAAAGUUGGCCUAUCUGCUUUAACUAGAAUUCAACAAAGAGAAUUUCUCAAUGAUGAACGUGUCGAUAUUGUAGUAAAUUCCGUACAUCCAGGACGUGUUGAUACAGAUAUGACAAAGCAGAAAGGAUUAUUGACUACUGAACAAGGUGCUGUCGCUCCGUUAUAUGCUGCUUUACUUCCGGAAAAUCUCACCCAACCGAAAGGAGCUUUUAUCUGGAAGAAUAAAGAUAUCGUAGAUUGGAGUGAACCUGUCUGUGAAAAGUUAUACUUCUCUUCUGAUUUCGACUUAAAGAAAAAUCAGGAAUUAGAAAUAAAUGUACUGCAACCUGAAAAAAAAACUUGUACCGACAUACAUAUUUGAUUAAAAUACGUACUGCAGUCUCAACUUA